AUGGGCGCACGGGUGUGGGUGCUGUUGCUGGCGCAGCGGCUGGCUCGGGUGGACCUUGGGGUGCAGGAGUUGCGGGAUCAGGACAAGCUGGACACGUGCCUCCCUGCGGAGGCACCUGGGCGGGAGCGCAGAGGCUCCCCAUCUUUUCCUGUCCCUGCUGCAGGUUUCGAGAACUCGUCGCUGCUCCUGUGGCCAUGUGGCCAGCGGAGCAUCCACUUGUGCAUGGUGGGUGGAACAGACGUAGAGCUGGGGCGCUGGCCGGGGCAGGGCAGCCUGCGGGUAUGGGGCUCCCACCACUGUGGAGCGAGCCUGCUCAACCGCCGCUGGGUGCUGUUGGCUGCGCACUGCUUCCAAAAGCAAAGGAAUCUCUCAAAGUGAACAGUUCAGUUUGGUGAGCUGUCUGCCUGGCCAUCCAUGUGGAACCUGCAGGCUUACUACAACCGCUACCAGGUGGAGAUCGUGUUGAGCCCCAUGUAUGUGGGGGCUUCAGCCUACGACAUCCCCCUGGUGAGGUGUUCUCCUCUCACCUACAGUCCAUACAUCCAGCCCGUCUGUGUCCUGGCCUCCUCCUCCGAGUUUCAGAACCGGACCGACUGCUGGGUGACUGGCUGGGGAGACCUCCAAGAAGAACAGGCGCUGCCUUCUCCCUACAUCCUCCAGGCGGUGCAGGUUGGCAUCAUAAACACCACCAUCUGUAACUACCGCUACACGCAGCCCGCCUUCCCCUAUGACGUCUGGGGGGACAUGGGCUGUGCUGGUGAUACCGAGGGCUUCAAGGAUGCCUGCUUUGGCAACUCGGGCGGACCCUGGUGGUUGAGGAACGGGCUGUGGUAUCAGGUUGGAAUCGUGAGCUGGGGAGUGGGCUGCGGCAGGCCCAACUGGCACGUGGUCUACACCAACAUCAGCAGAUACUUCAACUGGAUCCGGAUGCUGAUGGUGCGCAGCGGCCUUCCCAGGCCAGAGCCCUGCCCACUGCUGCUGCUUGCCCUGCUCUGUGCCCCCCCAGUCCUGUAGCUGGCCGGAGCCCCACAGGGCCCCUGAGCAUUGGCCCAGUGCCCCUGUGCCCCGUUUCUACUAAACCCUUUUGUGUGUUCAUAGAAAAAAAGUGUUGUGUGUUGACACCUUGCAGAGCAUUCUGUGGACCCAGGGGGCUCCCUGGGCACCCUCACAGUCACCCGUGCCCCCCCGGGGCCCACCCCUAAGGCUC